AUGAUAGAAUUGUUUGUGAAAAAGACAUGGGAUUCGCUAUCAAUGCAAAGGCAGAAGGUCAGGUGCUCAAACUCUGGGAAUACCGAUACCAAACCUCGCAGUCCAACCCCUGGAGUGCAAGCCAUGCUCGGAGGACUAUUCAACCAUGACUGGCGCACCCACGGCAACAUCUGGGAAGCCUGGUGA